GGCGUUUUAAAAUACAAUGGCAAUACAGACAAAUCGGCCGUAUCAGGACACAGCCAACGUCCUUAUAGAUUACUGGCGCGUUCAAAUUUACCUUAAAGAUAUCUUUACGUUGACUUCCUGAACUUCCUGCAGCCAAAAUGCACUAAAGCUAGUGUGGUUUAGUGUCGAUCUGAUAUAUCGAUUCACCACCUCGGUCAAUCAUUCCUCUAUCCACAACUUUCUGAAAUUCAUCUCCUGUAUUAUACAAAUGCCUCCCAAUGGAACAGGGCUUACCAUCACUAACCCGUUGGUCCUGUAUCGCAGCCUUAUCGCUACAAAUCGCAUAACUACAGACCCAAAUCAACAUCGCUUAGCUCUUCAUCUUCAGAAAUUGUAUGAAAAUCUAAUUGAUUAUGAACCAAGCGUAGAAUACUCUCAGCGACUGCAGCAACUUGGCAAAGCUGUUGCGAUCAAUCAAAAUGGUUCAUCGACUUCACCAGUGGAACGUACGAUUGGCACUAGAGGGAUAUGGACGUCUCUUCUCGAGCAGAAGGAGAAGCGAGAUACGCUUGCCCUCACGAGAGUACUUACUAGUCAUGAGUCUGCAAUGAAUUUAAACUCUCCGAAAGGCCUCAUGCUUCAUGGCGAAGUUGGUACAGGGAAGUCUAUGCUCAUAGAUCUCUUCGCUGAUUGUCUGCCCAAUCGCAAAAAGAAAAGGUGGCAUUUUAAUACGUUCAUGCUAGAAACCUUCUCACGACUUGAGACUUUGCGUAAUAGUCGGAAUUCUUCUGGCCAGGGAACAUUGCUGGACGAACACUCAUUGUUAUGGCUCGCGCGGGACCUCAUCCAGACGUCGCCUAUCUUGUUCCUUGACGAGUUUCAGCUUCCGGAUCGAGCAGCCUCAAAAAUCCUAUCGAAUCUCAUGACAAGCUUCUUUCAAUUAGGCGGUGUGUUAAUUGCCACAAGCAACAGAAUGCCGGAAGAAUUAGCCAAAGCAGCCGGUAUGGAGUUCAUGAGGCCAGUCUCGCGCUUUAGUAAAUUAGGAUGGACUUUGGGCUUUGGCAAAGUAGUAGGAAGGGAUGAUGGACCAGGGCAAAAGGGGGAGUUUGGUCAGUUCCUCGAAGUUCUUCGUUCAAGAUGUGAGAUUUGGGAGAUGGAAGGGAAACAGGAUUAUCGAAGAUUGUCUGGAGCGGAGGAUGGGAUCAAGAUCAAGAGCAACAGAUCAGGGGUCACUACUUCAGCAAACUCAUCAAGCGGAGUAUCACGACCGGGGCACGAUGUCGUCGUUGACCUUGCGGACGAGAUGAACGAUGAACCCAACACAACGCUACCGAAGCAUUACAUCAUAACGCCCGCAGUUACAAACCAUGAAUUGCAGUCGACCGCAUCGUAUCCAGAAGAAUUGGACAAAGUUCUACAUAACGAAAUGUCCCUAGUGGCCAGUCAACCCAUCCCAUGGACACCAUCCAAUAUUUCUGUCUAUGGCCGAAAAAUUCCAAUACCUCGCCAACAUGACGGGUUCGUUCAUUUUAGCUUCAAUGAGCUCUGCGGUGCUACCCUCGGACCUGCCGACUAUAUCACACUCGCGUCCACUUAUCACACUCUUAUUUUGACCGACGUCCCGGUCAUGACCUUUCUCUUAAAGAACGAAGCGCGGCGCUUGAUCACUCUGCUAGAUGCGCUCUACGAAGCACGAUGUCGAUUACUCAUGACAGCAGCAGCAGGGCCCGACGACAUCUUCUUCCCGGAGCCAGUGAAUACUCCCGGACUCACCAAAAAAGAUGGAGAAGAAGAGCUCACGGAUGAUGCGGUCUACCCCGAGACGUACUCGGAGAUUCACCAAGAUCUAACCUCACCUUUCCGUCCCAAUGUAUCUUCGUACUCGCCCUCUCUGGCUGCUGAUGCUCUCGAAGACGACCCGCCUAACCGCUUUCGCCGCGUCGGUUCAUCUUUCUCGGACGAGCGCAUGGUCAGCGCCGAAGCCUCGAAAGCACCUGACUUCGCCAACAUCGGCGGCUUGACGGGUGAAGAUGAGCUUUUCGCCGUCAAGAGAGCUAGGAGCCGGAUAUGGGAGAUGUGUUCUGGAAGGUGGUGGGCGCGUGACAAUGAAGUGUUAGGUUCAGAGAGUGAGAAGGGAUGGUGGAGGCCGCUGCCACUUGCAUCAAGACACUGGGAGCGAGGUCUUAUUACUGAGGAAACUGUAGAUAGUGAGGUGCUGCGCACGUUUGAUAAUGGUGGAGCGUCCGACGUCCGGAGCCAGGGAGUCGAUGCUUCUGAUCCGAAGGAAAUGUUUGCCCACGGCGCCAGUCCUUUCCGAACGACUAGCGAACAACCUCCCAAGAUUCAGUCGACACACAUAUGGGGCACCACCAAAUGGGGCAAGAGGGCAGGUGCCUGGGGUAAAGGCGUCGAAGGCCUGGAAGAUAGAAAGAAACAGAAGGACGAAAUGAAGUCGGUCGAAAACUCGGAGUCUGGUAGAUAAAGGCAUAGUCCUAUUAGCAAACCAACUAUAAGUAGUACCUAUUCUUUUAGACUAACAAUGGAGCGUAAGGUAUCAUGUGCUUCAGCAACUAAAUGGAAAUGGUUCUUCGUUUGAUAGUUGCGAUCAAUUUUCGUCCUCUUCUAUCCUAAUGCUAAGUUCGAUUGAUGCACCAUGUUUUUGAAACCCUGCCUGACGGCAAGGUGGAAGUAUCGCAUUAGAUACAUCAACCCGAGCGCAAGGUAUAGUGGGCUUCCCACACGGCGGCCUUGCUUUAGUCGAUGCGCACGAC